AUGGAGAUCCCCGAAGGAAAUGUGCAGAAUAUCCAGAAAUUCGUUGCGAAUCGUGCAGCAGCGGAGAAAGAGUCCACCAGCCAACCUCUUAGUGCAACGGCCCUGCAUGCCUAUGCGCGACGGUUAGAUGGAACCCUGCGAGAGCUCCAGGAGCAGGUCCGGCGCCAGGAGGAUGAGCUAAAAAAGCUUCGGGAGAUUCGUUCUCAUGGGCUCUUGGACGGCGAAAUUGACCAAAGGGCACGUGUUUCCGAAGCACGACGAGCCAAAAAAGCAUAUGAUUCAUUGCUUCAGUCUGAAGAAGAGCUUCCAGUCACAGACUCGGUCCUGCCUUCGUUGAUAGCAAUUGACGAGACCUCCCGACUCAUUAAAGAAAGCAAGGGCUUUGUCUCAGUGACGGCGGAGAGAUUAUCUGCAGAUCGUGAACAGCUUCGUGUUGAAGAGGCCAAUUUACGAGAUUCUCAGGCGAUUGCAAGUGGACUUCGAGAACGACUCCAACGGAUUCGCAAUGCCAACGCCCGGAAGCAAGAACAAACACCCUCACAGGUUGCCCAGGAAGUACUUAGCCAACAAAAACAGAGGAACAAAGUGCUCGAACGCGAAUUUGAGAAUCUUAGGGGCUCUUUGAACACAUUUAUUGACGAAACCUUGGCGCCGAUGCUUGCUGCAGAGAAUCUUGGCGGCCCUACGGUGGGAGAUGCCCUGGAGGUAUCCGACGCAACACUGAACGCAGGAUAUACAGCUCAUGGAAAACCAAAGAAGCAAAAAGAGAAUGAAACAACGGAAAUUGAUGACGGUCAGCAGCGAAUCGACAAAUUCGUUCGGCGCAAAAAGGAUGGUUCGAAUCCGACGAAUAAGCGAGAAGCGGCAGCAACCGAAGUUCACGAUUUGCUAGCUUCUCUACUAGAGGCUGGGACAUCUUAUGUGAUUUUAGAACGGGACUCUGCUAUCCCGCGAUUCCUUGUGAGAGCUAAAGUGGCGCAAUAUCAUCCUCGCGAUGCCCGGCGCCUGCGGUUGAUAGAUUUCGGUCGCUCGCUAGCUCAAUAG